UCUACUUUCGUUUUCGUCUUUCAUCAUGUGAUUGAAAACGACUUAAUCGUACCAGAGUCACUAUUUUGCCUCCAACAUGACAUGUUCUUUUCAUAUAGACAACAAAGCCAAGGAUUCACUGUGUUAGCCCGAUGUUUACCGCUUGAAGCAGUCCCUGAACCCACACUCCUGGGAUUUGGCAUAUCUUCGUUAUUUUCUCAUUUUCGUCCAGUGAACAAAUCUGUGAAACCUGGUGUACAAAUGGCUUCGAAAACAUCCAAACCAAUAAUUCAGGAUAAGCAUCCUAGUGGGACACCUAUUGUAAAGGAAGAGUUAAAACUUCCCAAAUGUUUUUCUUCAAAACUUGCCUUUAUGCUGUAUAAUGUUUUUUCUAAAGAAGAGUGUGAUGCGCUUAUCAAACACACACAGAAGAUGGGAUAUGAGGAAGCUCUGGUCAAUGUGGGGUUUGGCAGACAGACGAAGAUGACGGAUGUACGUAAUAACGAACGCUGUAUCUGGGAUACAUUCGACGAGUCAGGAAAGAUAUUUAACCGAAUCAGACCCUACCUUCCACCCGUAUGGAAACAUCGCAAGCUCCUGGCGCUAAACGAAAGACUGAGAGUACUGUACUACCAACCGGGUCAAUACUUCAAGCCUCACUUUGACGGAGAAUACAGACGCCCUAAUGGUGAGAGGAGUUUCAUCACCAUCCAGAUUUACCUGAACGAGGGCUUUAAGGGUGGAGAGACCACGUUUAUGAAUUCCCCAGAUAAGGAGCUGUGUCCAGUUGUCCCAAAAACAGGUUCCGUUUUAGUGUUUCAACACGACAUAUUGCACGAGGGGUCAACCCUGAUAGCCGGUGAGAAAUACACGAUAAGAACUGAUGUCAUGUAUUCCGCGGCACAGAUUGACCCAAAAGAAGAGAGUGCCUUAUUAGAGGCAUCCAAGGCACUGCUGAACGACAAUGAUAGCGCUGGUCAUCCCACAGAAGAUCAGGAUAUCCAGUCAUGUGUUAAUGAGGUGGAGAAUCUAGAUAUAAAGUAAAUUCAUUUCAUUUACCACAUAUUGUUUUCAAUAAAUACUAACAUUUCGUGAUGCACAUGUGACUGAUACUACAUUAUAAGAAUAAAUGUUGGACAUCCAGCACGAACAUUUCCACGGUAAAGAAGUGUACAGAUUUAGAAUGGAUAACAAUACAUUGUCAUCAUUGUUUCUCGAUGUACCAUUAUUAUUGAUUGUUACCAGGUUUGACUGUUUUUGUAUUAAUAUGGCUGACUUUCGCGAUCGGCCGUAUUUAUCAUUUCUAAGUGUCGGACUAAGGAAGCAAGUAAACUACGUAGGAAAGCUGCCAUGACAUUGUAUAGGGAAAUUAUUGAUUGGUUUGUAUGUAACAUUGUAUUUCCACGAAUCAUUUUCGUUGAUAAUUAGUAAGAUAUACCGUGAUGACAAUUUAACGUUAAAGCGGUUUGUAUUUCUCCCUUUUCUGUUUUCCAUUUGUUCUAUUCAAACCAUAUUGACAGUUCGUAAGUUUUAAGAUUGCAGCGCAAUGUGUGUUGGUCCAUGUUAUAUAGAUAAAGUCCAACCCCGUUCUCGAGGCCAGUGGUAUAUUCGAGACAAAAGAAUAUACUUUAUAUAGACAUUUUACUAAUGGACUUGAGUUUUUCAUCAAUUUAGCAGGAUCCAGGAUCUUCGAGUUAUCAGAUUUCGUGAAAAGAAAUUUGACUGUACUGUUUUAACUCUGUUAUGUUAACGUAAUGUUAACCUCACUGCUGUGGAUACGUAAACUUAAAUCUUUUUCGUACAGGCCCUUAAUGUGAAUACGUAAGACAUAAUGCAUUGAUAGUCCCUGUUAUGAAUACUAGUACUACGGAAGUUUUUAUUCUAUUUCUUAGAGUCUGCAGUAGAUAGUAAGCUUAUCCAUUGAUUUCUUUUAUUCUGUUAUAAACGAAAGUUUAAAUUUUGUGUAUACGUCAGUUAUAGAUACAUGUUCGUCUAUAUUUUGGCCCAUGUUAUAUGUACAUGUACACAGACUGUACACGUUUGAUCUCUUUUGAACCAUGAUAAGGAAACGAAAGUUCUUGAUACCCGUAUGUUGGCCCCGGUUAUGUAUACAUAUUAAUCUCUAUGUUGGCCCUGUUAUGGAUACGAGCGAUAAAAUAAGAGUGCAAUACCGUCCAAGCGUUGCUUCUUGGGUUUUUUUUAUCGGACGAUGACGAUUGGGAUUGACCAAUAGGAAACAGGAAAAGUUUUCUUGAAUUUUGAGUUGAAGGACAUUUAUUCAGAUUAUGAUUGUGAAAUAUUGCCUCAGUGUAUUGUUAUAUGUAGUGGUUAGAUAAGCUCAAUUCAUUCUUUACUGAAUUAGCUAAUUGUUAUGUUUUAAAUUUUCAUUAAUGAGUAUGCAGAUGACCACUAUAAGACAAUUUUUAUUGUUAUAAUGCUUUUUAUCGUGUUCAUUGCUGAUUAUAUUCUCCGUGAAGCUGUGAUAAUGAGGUAUUUAUCCUUGAUGAAAUAGAUAUGACUGCGUUAUAAUGUACUAGUAUUUGUGUGCGUGUAUCAACCAGUUCAUUGCUAAUAAAAUGUAUUUGAUAACUA